UUUAAUUAGGUUGAAAGCAAAGACAAGUUGGAACUCACACUUGCUCUUCCCUUCUCCCUCUUCUGCCACCUCUUUCGCAUCGGAAACCCCACAAAUCUUAACAGCUUCUCUGAUCCAGCGAUCCUUUCCCCACCAUUUCUUUAUUCUCUCUCUUCAUUCCGCUCUCUCACUCUUUUCCACCUGUGAGCUGUGACUUGUGAAGAGCAAGUAAGAAUAUUCAAUUCCCCCAUUUUCUUGAUCUACGCUGCGCUUGCACUCUCCCUCUCUAAACUCCUCACAACCUAUGUUCUCUGCGGCCACCUCGAUCACUCCCCAAACUCUCCAUUCGAAGAGCCAUUUCUCACAAACACGCACCAAAUGUCGCGCCCCACCACACAAUCCCUAUCGCCAUUUCUCACACUUCCUGAUUUUCUAGGCUCAUAAAUUUGCUACCCUUCCUUUCGUUUUAUACCACCAAUGUUGACCUGCAUAGCUUGCUCCAACUCCAAGCAGCUCGAAACCGACGGAUCUCUCCGCCAGCCGCCGCCGGAGGAGGAGGAUGACAACGCCGCCGUCACUCCUUCCACCAAGCAAGCCAUUAAAUCCCUCACCUCCCAGAUCAAGGACAUGGCGGUGAAGGCAUCGGGGGCGUACAAGAACUGCAAGCCGUGUUCGGGCACCUCGGGCCCGAAACGGGGCCGGGCCUACGUGGACUCUGACGCGGGCUCGGUGUCCGGGAGGUUCUACGGCUCGUAUCGGAGGACAGCUAGCUUGAGCUCGACGCCGCGGCUGCGGGGGAAGGAGCUUGAAGCCAAGCUAAAAGCCCUCUCGAGCGGCUCGGCUACGCCGGCUUCAGUGAGCGGUAGAACCGAGUCGUUGUUCAUGGAGGAAGACGAGCCGAAGGAGUGGGUGGCUCAAGUCGAGCCAGGGGUUUUGAUUACAUUUGUUUCAUUGCCUCAGGGUGGAAAUGAUCUAAAGAGGAUUCGAUUUAGCCGAGAGAUCUUUAACAAGUGGCAGGCUCAACAAUGGUGGGGAGAGAACUAUGAUAAAGUAAUGGAACUGUACAAUGUUCAAAGGUUUAGUCAUCAUGAAGCACCGCUGUCUACUCCACCACUGUCUGAAGAUGAGAACUUAAAACUUGAAUCUGCUGAGGACAGCCCUGUGACACCUCCAUUGAGCAAAGAGCAUCUACCCCGUCACUUCUGUCGGACAGCAGGAGUGGGUUAUUCAUCAUCGGAAUCAGUAGAAAACAACCCCAUGAAACCUGGAAGUUACCACGAGUCAGCUGGUCCUAAUUCAACUCCAAAGCUCUCCAGCAUCAGCGCUGCUAAAACCGAGACAUCAUCUGUAGAUGCUUCUGCACGUUCGAGUUCAUCUAGGGAGAUUGAUCACUCUGGAGAACUGUCUGUGAGCAAUGCUAGUGAUUUAGAGACUGAGUGGGUUGAGCAAGAUGAGCCUGGAGUCUACAUUACUAUUAGAGCUUUGCCUGGCGGUGCUCGUGAGCUUAGAAGAGUCAGAUUCAGCCGUGAAAAAUUUGGAGAAACGCAAGCAAGAGUGUGGUGGGAAGGAAACAGAGCCAGGAUUCAACAGCAAUACCUGUAAGCUUCUAAAUAAAGUAGGUGAAACUCUCCACUAUCUUGAAUUCUUUUGCAAGUAGGUUUCUAUAAAGAUUCAUUGCGUUGCAUUUUCUCCAUGGUUUCUUGUACAAGUUUCACCCUCUGGUCACUUGGGCUUGUCUGAGUUUUGUGAUUGAGAAUUACACACGCAAAUCGCUUCGUCUCUGGCCGUAGUUUUUGAUUUACAUUGAAAGCAUGGGCAGCUACUUUGGUGGUGGAAUGAAAGUUGGUUUGCAAAAUUUGUGGAGUUGCUGUGUAAAUGGUCGGAUAAAUCGAGUUUGUUGUUACAACCCCUGUAUUGAUCUGGCCGUAGAAGUAGUUAGAUCUCUGAGAAUUUUCCUAUAUUUUGAUGUCAUUUUGCGAAGCUA